AUGCCAAGUGUGACCAGGGGAUUUAGGAGAAGGAUUAAUGUCAUUUUAGGUGUCAUAAGGAAAAGAGAAGGUGGCAAAAAUCGAAGCUUGUUGGCUUGGAAGCAGGCUGCAGCUGCCAGCUACAGUUUUGCUGUCUGCGCACCUCUUGCGGACCAAAAAAAUGAUAUGAUUCAACCUCAGACUCAUUUGAAUGUAGCAGAUAACAGCGGGGCUCGAGAAUUGAUGUGUAUUCGAAUCAUAGGAGCUAGCAAUCGUCGAUAUGCUAAUAUUGGUGACGUUAUUGUUGUUGUGAUCAAAGACGCAGUUCCAAACAUGCCUCUAGAAAGAUCAGAAGUGGUUAGAGCUGUAAUUGUCCGUACUUGUAAAGAACUUAAACGUGACAAUGGUAUGAUAAUACGAUAUAAUGACAAUGCUGCAGUUGUGAUUGAUCAAGAAGGAAAUCUAAAAGGAACUCGCGUUUUUGGUGCGAUUGCCCGAGAAUUGAGACAGUUCAAUUUUACUAAAAUAGUUUCAUUAGCUCCCGAGGUAUUAUAA